UCAGACCUAACCCCAAGAACCUUUUCAGUGCCUCUUUGUGAUCUCUAAGUGUCAUACAACAAUAAUGCUUCUCGAAGAAUAUGCUGAUUUGCAAGAAAACUGAGAGAACUUUCCCAAUCUACUAACACUUUCGAUGUUAAAUACUAAACGGAACAGAGAUCUGUUACAGAAUAACUUGUUGCAAUGAAGACUUUGAUAGAUGUGAAAGAAGCAACAAAAAAUGGCCGAUUCGUCUUAGAAAAUCGAAUUCGAUUUUCCAACUAUUUAGAAUAUCGCUGUCGAAUUUCAAGAAUGUUGGGAAUUAUUUAUAGAAAAUCAAUCGAUUUUCUAAAAGUUAGAAAAUCGCUGUCGAUUUUCUAACUUUUUAGAAAUUCCUUAUCGAUUUUCUGGCAAAUGAGAAAAGUCAAUUUAUAGAAAAUAAAGCAGAAAAUCAACAUUUUCUAAACAGUCAGAAAAUCGCUGAGGAUUUUAUAAAAGUUGGAAAAUCCUUGGCGAUUUUCCAGAUCGAUUUUCUAUAAAGUAGAAAAUAAUUCCAAAUUACAGUCUAGACUAGAUAACUUAUAUCAGAGAUCAACUUACCUUGUUUUCCUUUUCCUCGACAACCGACCUUGUUUUUCAUUUACGUUUAAUAUACUCAACAACAUCUGACAGUAACAGUCUAUUAAAAUGGUUUAAAAAAGAUGAAAAUAAUAAUAAUUAUAGUGAUAAUAAUAAUACAGAUAAUAAAGAGAAUGAAAAUGAAAAUAGUACUAAACCAACCAUCACAACGGCAACAUUCUCAAGUUCUUUUCCAGUGACAACAGACGGAAACAUGCAUUCUAAGAAUGAUUUUAUUGAAAACAGUAUUGUCAUAGGGACUGAAAGAUUAUAUUUAAAUGAACAGUUUAAUGUAUUGCAAUGUAUUGAAAACAUGGAUGUUUCAGCAAUAGAAGAAAGUACAUGUGUGAAUGAAAUAAAUUUGACAAAUAAUGACAAACAGUCGAAUAACGAAGAAAAUGAAAGAUAAUAAAUGAUGACUUGAAAAGGAUUGUUUUUCUUUGUCGAAAAUAGUUAUAGGUGUUCGUGAUUGAAUAAUAUCUCAGACACAUAAAUUUAUAGAUCAAGUUUGUUUGUAGAUAAACCAAGAGAUAUAGAUAAAGAUAAAUUCAACAAUUGUUCAACAACUGAUAUAAAUAAACAUAAAUUAAGUGCAGAUCAAAUUAGUGUGCAGCUUAGAUAUAUUCAAACAUCAUUUCGUUCUUCUGAAGAAUUAAUUAAACAAUCUACAACGCCUGACAUAUGUGAAGAAAAUUUUAUUCAGAGAAACGAUCGUGAAAAUAUAACAAUAAUUGAAGCAAAAUAUAAUGAACUAGUUAGUAGAUUUCCAGGCCAUUAUAAAUCAGGUCAUAUUUUUAUCGAAGAAGAAUUAAGAUAUGUUGUGUCUGUUGGUCCAUCGCAGCCUAUUCUACAACACUAUCCAACAAAUGAUAUACUUGUACAAACAAAAAAGACAUGUCGAUUUGCUGCAAAAUGGUAUGAAGAAUUUCCCUGUUUAGAAUAUAGUCAGAAGAAAGAUGCAGCAUUUUGUUUUACAUGCCGACUAUUACAUAUUGCGCCAGGAAGUGAAAAACUGGAAGAAGCUUUGUUGUGGAUUGGGGUGAAUAAUUGGACUAAAAUGAAAUGUCGAGGAAAAGAAAAACAAGGAAAGUUAAUACAACAUUUUGGAUCUGUAACACAUAAAUUAUCGUUAGCUCGUUAUGAAAACUUUCAAAACAAGAAAACAACUAUCGACAUAAUGCUUGCUAAUAAUCGUCGUAAAGCUGAUCACGAACAAGAUGUAAUGUUAAAACUGAAUAAAGAUGUUAUUAUCACAUUAUCUAAUGCAGCUCGAUAUUUAGCUAAACAAGGUUUAGCAUUUCGACGUGAUCCACAUUUGGAAGGUUUGCCGAUUGAGCACGAAGAUUUUUCACUAAAAGGCUGA